AUGUAUUUAAUGAAAACUAUUGUUCCAAUGAAUAGUUGUAUAGAUCUACCAACUUGCAUGUAUAAUAUGAGGAAUCCUACGCAAGAACUUACCAAAGAUGACACUGAUAUAAAAAUAUGUGACCAGGUUAUACAAUUAGUCAAGAAUACAUCACAUACAGCUAUGUUAGAUCUUGAGGAAAGACAAAAACAACUACUAAAGAAGUUGGAUAAACUUCAUGAUCAAAUAAAUGUAAUAAGAUCUUCUUGCAAGUUUGAUAAUAUAAAACAAGACAAUUCUAUCCUUGCACUAAAACCAAUUAAGGAGGAUCUGAAUGAAGUUGUGAUCACUUUAAACCAAGAUAAAUUACCAUGGUUUCUGAAACCUUUGUUAACUAAAAAUCCAGGUCUAAAAUAUACAUGGCACAUUCAUUCCUCGGUCCUUGCUAACAAAAUUGAAAAAAUUCAGGCUUUUUUCAAAAACAUUGAUAUGCCACCAGCAGGAAGCAAUACUCCCAGAGUAAAUUUAAGGAUAAUAUUUAAAAAAAGUGCUACAGAACUUAAAAUUUCAUCUCUUGGGUUACCAAUUAGGGGUAAUGUAAAUAUUUUACGAUACCUUUGUGAACAGUACCCUAACACUGCUGUAUACAGUUACAAUGAUUUUGAAAUGGAAAAUUUGCUGGAUACUUGCUAUUUGCUUGAAAAUGCAUCAGAGUCUCAAAAACCAAUCUUGUGUAAAAAGUUAUUUGCAAGUAAUGAUAUUCAAUGGGUUUUUAGGAAUCAGUUUAGCAUUAUAGAUCUUGCUUUAUACAAUGAGAUAAAGCAAAUUCAGAAUUAUAAAAAACUUGUACCUCAAAAAUGGCUUUCUAGUUGUGAAAAAAUUAUAGAAAAGUAA